AUCUCUUUUGACUAUUUCGCUAUCCAUUCCGCAGCGAUUCCUUCUUCCCUUCCUCCCCAAGCAUAACAUAGCUUCCUCGAUUCUUCGUUCUAGGGUUUGAAAAGAUGAACAUUUGUGGUUGUUGGGUUUCAUCAAUGAAAUUGCCCUUCCUCGGGUGGCGCUUUUCAAGGCCUUUUACCUCUCUCUGUUCUUCUUCUUUUUCGCCACGCAUUAUGACCAUUCAAAGUUGUUCUUCUCCUUCUUCUUCAGCCUCCUUAUCAACGUCAGAGUCGAAAGAGAUGAAGAAGGAAGCUUCACCUUGGUUAAUUGUUGGCCUCGGCAAUCCAGGCAAAAAGUACGCUGCCACCCGCCACAAUGUGGGCUUUGAGAUGGUUGAUACCAUAGCUGAAGCUGAAGGGAUAUCUAUGACCACUGUUUCCUUCAAAUCCUUAUUUGGAAAAGGUUUUAUAGGUGAUGUACCAGUCAUACUUGCAAAACCACAGACUUAUAUGAAUUCAAGUGGUGAAUCUGUUGGGGCCAUAGUUUCAUAUUACAAGAUUCCACUGAAGCAAGUACUUGUGAUCUUUGACGACUUGGAUUUGCCUUUUGCUAAAUUGCGGCUUCUACCAAAGGGUGGACAUGGAGGUCACAAUGGAAUGAAGAGUGUUAUUAAUCACUUCAAAGGGAAUUCUGGUUUUCCCCGUUUAAGAAUUGGCAUUGGACGACCUCCUGGGAAAAUGGACCCUGUAGCUUUUGUUCUUCGCACCUUCACUAAACAUGAAAGGGAAGAGUUGAAUUUUACAUUACAAGAUGGAUUAGAAGCUGUGCGGAUUCUUUUGCUUGAGGGAUUUGAUAAAAGUGCAACAUUUGUUAAUAGUGCCAAAAAGAUAGAGCAAACAGGUUGAGGAAUUGCUUGCCUUAGAAUAUCCCUUUGGCAAGUACAAACAAACAGGAUCGUAUAGCAAGGAGAUACAACUUAGAGUAAACUCGUCCAAAGCUCUGUUUUUUAAUUUGAUAGGGCUAUGUUUGAGCAAGUAUUCAUCCAUUCUUUCAGAAAGCAGUUUCAGCACAAUGAAUUCGAACCUGAUGCCUGGAAUCUUCAGGUACUCGUACGUUUACAUACUGUGGUGUUUGAUCAAUUUUGAGCACUUCCAGCACCUUGAAUUAUAAUAUUAUAUAAUGUGAGUUGAUAGCUCACACGGCACUCAACGACGGUUUUUAAUUCUUUAUCACCAUGUACUAUGUACUAGAAGUUCAUCACUAUGUAUUCAUACAAGAGUUGCUCUGGCUUGAUGUCAUGAAUCUGUCCAUCACAUUUCCUUUCCCCAUUCUUUGGCUCGGCUAGGCUUCUUGUACACUAAAUAACAGUUUUUUGGCUGUUUUCUCAACGAUCUGUAAUUUUUAACCAAAGUUAUUGUGUAUAAUAUACCUACUUAUCUUUCUAUAAAAUUUGCUAUUAGCAUUCUC